UGGGCUUUCCCGAGUUCAGUGUACGGUUUGGCAUCGAGCCCGAAGGACGCGCACAAAGGAUACGCCGGUAGAUUCGAGUUUGCCGGCAAUCUGCUUUCGCCAUCCUCUAUACCAAAGCGUGUCAAUGCCAUCCGCAGUUUGCGGGUUGGCCGUUUCGCGUAUCAACGGUGAGCAAAACGAAUUUCGCUUUUUUCCUUGAAAAACAAACACAAAACCCCGGAUCCAACUGGCGGUGCAAUGGAGUGGAAUUGUGGAACAAAGAGAGGUGCAAAAAACCCCAACGGUAGCAGCAGCAACGCAAUCGAACGCUUGUGUGGUGCAGGCGUAUACAAACACAGCCAUCAGUGGUGAGUGGAGAAACGUGAGUGUUUCGAUAAAAAAAAAAAACAAACAAACUUCUUCACAGUUAAGAGGGUUAAGAGGCGCACACCCAAGUGAAGCGAAAUAAAGGAAGGAAAUUUGCGAAAAAAAAAAUCGUAACCCGCGCGUUACAGGUGUCGGAAAUCGUGCGGUGUGUGAAUCGGUGCCGUGUCAGUGUGUGUGUGUGUCUUUGGUUUUGUGUACACGAUUGCCGUUUUUUUUGAAGGGCCUUGCCAUUGAGUUCCGGUUAGAAUUUGUUAAUGUGAAAGAUUCCAUUUGAGUUGUUUUUCUUUUCCCUUUAUCCGCAUUUUCCCUUCAUUUUCCGUGGAUUAGUAUGCGGGUUCGCGCACGUAGGUUGGCAUGGCAGUGAAAAGGUGCGCCCAUCGCUGGCAACAACCGGUCGUACGGGCAUAAUGGAGGGAACAGCGUGAAAAAUCGCCGUGAGUGAAAAGUGUUGUUUAUUUUAUUCAAAUCCGCCCAUCUGACAGGGAGCAGGCGGGCUGGCGGUGCUGGAGUGAAUCUAACGCGAUGGCUUCGGAACCUUCGCACGGUCAGGUGGCUGUGGUGCUGUCGUCUUACUUUUCCUUUCAAUCCGUAACGUAGUCCGAUGGGAGGGCAGAACGGGAGCAGAUCGAAACGACGCGACGCGAUCCGAUCGGUUUAAAGCGUGUUUGUGUGUGUGUGUGUGUAAGCCAUUUUGCGGGCUUACGAUUUCCGGUGCAGUGUCAAGUGGGGAAAGUCUUUUUACACAUUUUUUUCCGUGAAAUCAACAGUCAUUGCUGCGCUGCACGGUACAGUGCAGACAGAGGGUGUGUGUGUGUGUGAGAGAGCGAGAAAGAGGGACCGGAGAAAAUAAGGCACAGAGUGUAGUGCUUACCGGGACGAUACGAAAAGAAAUAAAAAAACUCCCCACUGCUGGCCCUUUCACCCGCGGCACCCGUAAUCGGGCAUAAGGUGGCUCGCAAAACCAGUGCUGAAUGUGAAAUCGGUUCUUUCCGGAGCAGAAUUGAACGUGUCAGAGCGAAAGUCGAUUCGAUGCUUUUACGCCGUUCCCCGACAAUGGAGACGGUUUGCAUGCAAAUUGUGCUCGUGCUGCUGCUGCUGAUAGUUCACCGGCUGGAUGGUUCGCUUUCACCGGCCCUGCAAGACCUAAACCAAUCACAGCAGCUACCAGUUGACCUAGAGCCCGAGUUCGAGGGUACGAUACAAAACAUCUCGUCCCCGACCGGGCGUGAAGCGAUCCUGACCUGCUCGGUCAAGAACCUUGGCCGGUACAAGGUCGGCUGGCUGCGAGCAUCUGACCAAACCGUGCUAGCGUUGCAGGGUCGCGUCGUAACGCACAACUCACGCAUCAGCGUCGUACACGAGGACUUUCGCACGUGGCGGUUGCGUAUUCGACAGUUGCGCGAAUCCGACCGAGGCUGCUACAUGUGUCAGAUAAAUGCCAGCCCGAUGAAGAAGCAGAUCGGCUGCAUCGAUGUGCAAGUUCCACCGGAUAUUAUCAACGAGGAAUCAUCCGCAGACAUUGCGGUGCAGGAGGGCGAGGAUGCGACGAUCGUCUGCAAAGCCGUGGGACAUCCGACACCCCGCGUCACCUGGAAGCGGGAGGACGGCGAGUACAUGCUGCUAAGGAAGCCGCAAAGCCGCGAACUGAUACGAGUGGAGGCAUACAACGGUACCCAUCUACAUCUGCCCAAGCUGGAGCGAAGACAAAUGGGUGCGUAUCUGUGCAUCGCGUCCAACGAUGUUCCGCCUGCCGUUAGCAAACGUGUUUCAUUGAGUGUUCACUUUGCACCAUCGGUACGACCUACGAGCCAGCUGCUGGGAGCACCGCUCGGCUCGGACGUGCAGCUCGAAUGCACGGUAGAAGCUUCGCCCAUGCCGGUGUCCUACUGGCUGAAGGGAGGCCGCGUUCUGCCGAACAGCUUCGCCGGUGCAGCGAACGGCAACUACGAGCAACCGGGACUGAGCCGGCCGGAAAUGCUGCUGGACGGGCCCAAGUACGGCAUCACCGAGGAUCGGCACGGCUUUCGCACCAACAUGCGGCUGGUGGUGCGAUCGUUUUCACCGGCUGACGUCGGGACGUAUCACUGUGUCAGCACCAACUCGCUAGGCCGCGCCGAUGGCACCAUGAGACUGUACGAAAUAAAAAUUCAUCCGGGUGGUGUGCAAACAACGGACGAUCAAUUAAAUAUAAUUGGAGGUCUGGCAGAGGCAGCCCGUGGCCGUGGCAACUCUGCCACCAGCUCGCUACAUCCCACCCGAACGCAUCACUUGCUCCCAAUGGUAUUGCUGCUGAUUGUAUCGCUUUCGCUUGGCACGAUACGAACGGUCAUUUCCGCCAGCAGCGAUAGCAGCAGCCACGCCCGUACCGGUAACAGAUGACACCGUUCCGACAUAUCCGGUGCGUGAUAUCGCACCGGCAAAAGCUGCUGGCCGCCAUCCGAGGGCAGCGAAUGUGAUAUUGCACAGCAGCAGCGUGGGAAAACGUCGGUCGCAUCGAUAGCAACGUCCACACCUGUCCGGAGCACAAUGGUGGCCAGCGAUGCGGCAACGAUUAGGUUUUAUUGAACUUGAACUCAACAGCAACAAUAAUCAUCUGCUAGGGGGAGCACAAGUAUAAGCCGAAGAUGGUGCGGGCUAGGAAGCGGUAAAGGUGAGACGGCUCUCUAUUUUCCCCACAGCACAGCUUGAAUGGUGAUUGGAUAGGAGCCAGCUAUAAAGCGUGCCGUAGCGAUGCGAACCAGCUAAAGGCCAUAAGAGUGGUAUAGGGAGUAUGAAAAACAUCCUAAACAUUGUAAAAAUUGAACCAACUCAAACUGUUUUCAAAAAUGUAUUACAAGCGCUGUUUAGCUGGCUAGCUGACUUCCUGCAAACCGGCUAAAGCAAAAUCCUGCUUAACGCAAAACCAAACUUCUCCAUAAUCAGUUAGCAUACCGGUUGGUGGAAAACUUUCAUGCCUGGAGAGGCGGCAACAGUUGCACAAAGAAUCGUCACCCAGUAACGAGCAGCUUGCAUACUUGUUUAGCCCUUUCGCAAACUUCCCAGACGUUCGCUUUCUUCUGCAUGUUUCAUGAAGUGCCGGGCUUCUCCACUGACCGGGCGUCUCCAUCGACCGGGCGUCUCCAUCGACCGGGCGUCUCCAUCGACUCGACGCUUCCAUUGAACAAACUCCUUGCCAUCUCAUCCAACACCGUGCACUAGCAUCGACCAACCGAUGGGUGAGCAAGUUUUUGAAUGAUGUUAAACUGUGAAUCAAAUUUAAUUGCCGUAAGCAUCGAUAAAGCUGCCGUUAAGCUGUGUAACUUACACCGCUACUUUCGAACAGUCACUGCCGAUGGCGUCUGGUGUGAAACGUUUCAUCGGUGAAUCGAUGCUGGAACUUUUUUCCCUAACUUUGCAACCCAUGUGUUACUUGUUGGAGUUUUGGUUGUUUUUCUUUGCUUGGCGCAUUUCACACAGACAAUAACUAUUCCAGCUCCGUGGAUUUGAAAGGGAAGAAUGAAGAAGAAAAAUCAAAGGGAGGUAAGAAGAAGGGAGCUUGAUUUACACUAUUUUUUCUUUCUUUGUUUUUCUCAUAAACACCAUUUGAAACUGGCAAACUACAUCGUGCUAGAAACAAAGAUUUCAAUUCAAAAAUAAACCCAUCCACACACCAAAUGACAAGAUCUAUUGAUGAAAAUCGUUAUUUCGGUCUCAAGCUUUUUUACCUGUACUGUCUUUGGCUGUGCUCGUUCCCUUUAGUAGAAAAGUAAUUGAAAUCAUACAGAAAAUAGUAAGAUUAAACCAAAUGACAUGCAAACGAAAACUUCCAACAUAAUAAACAUUAAAGAUCGAUAGUGGUAAGGCAGAGGAUCGACCCAUGCAAGAUCACUCGGUACAUCGCUUCGAUUGGGGCGAGGAAAAAGCGCGAUACAGUCUGGUGGAGAACGUUGUAAAUAUCUAGAGGUAAUUAAUUUCGCCAGACACCCUGCACUACCCAGCCAACGUACACAUUCAUAUUUGCGUGUGUAUGUGAACUUUUCCACGGUGAACACGAUGCUCCAAGCCAUGUUUUCCGUUUAUAAUCAUCCCGAAUCAUCCUGUUUGUGUAUCGUGCAUUCGGUUUAAUAAAUUUUCACCUCUUCGACUCACUUGCAAGACCGACGAGCUGGCGAACCUUGUGGGGGACAGAUGACCGCAAAAGCUAUAACGCGAUUUAUCUGUGCACACAAUGUGCUCCCCACCCCCCUCGUACGAGCAGGAGGAUAAAGCGGGAUAAUAAGAGUGGUGGUCUGAAAAAAAUUGAAAAACAUCACAAAAGAAUACAAAAGUAAAAAACAUAACCCAGACAGCCAAUAUCGAUGAGGUAAAUUUAAAAAUUCCAUUCACACGGAGUGGGAAAGAAGAAGAAAAAAAAGAUACGCCUCGCAACAACCACCACAGCAACAACUGCACCGUACACGGCACUACAACUGGAUGGAACAAGUGCAACAACCGAAAACAUAGCUCCGCAACAAAAGGAUGCAAUCCGAACCCAUCUCGGGAGUUUGCUGGCGCAUAAUUUAUGACUGAAUUCCAUUCGAAGGGUGAGUAAUUAAUUAUGAAAAUUAAUGAUAUCACCCGUGCUUCUUCUACCACCCAUCCCCAACCGAAAGGGGCAGUUGAUUCGUGAUUACCCGCUUACUUGCUUGUGUACGGGUGAUUUUGCGGGUGAAAACGGGCUACUCGCAAGCCGUUCGCUUUCGCGUCUUCAAAGCUUAAUUUGGGUGGUUGCAUUUUCCUGUUUCUCUUUCAUUUUUCCCCCCCUUUCGGAUGGUUUUUGGUUUUGUACCAUCGAUCAUGUCGGUAUGCUUCAUGUUGUUGGUUAAUUUUUUAUCAACCCUAUAGCACUGAUCAUCAAUGAGCGUUGCUGUUUUUGUGUCGUUGUGUUUUGCAGUCUACUUUUAAAUCUCCACUGUGCUCGUGCUCACAAAGUGACAGUGGCGUAGUCUUUUCACGGUUGGCAAAGCCAAUAAAACGGUCCGGGAAGCGAUUGGGUGGAGGGAAUAAUUUUCCGUAGAUGAAUUAAACAUAAUUUUUCAUAACCAUUCCCGACAUUCAUUCUUUGUUGUGUUUGAUUACUGUACUGCAGUUGCUGUUUUUUCCCCAUUUGCAAAUGGCGUUUGAUGAGCUGCAAAGCGCAGCUCAUUAUCGAUGAUGGUUGGUCGAUCGUGGAAACGGGGUCUGAUGUGUACAAAUGAAUUUGAUGGGCAUUCAGCAGUCAGUUUGCGUCAUUUUUAUUGAGAAUGUCAAUUUCACUGUACUCGGAGUGUAAUGAGUGGCAGUAGUUAAUUGACACGUUGUAAAAUUGAAACUCUUUUUGGUAUGGUUUUUUUUUAAUACAACAUAAGUGUGAAUGUCACAUCGCACAAUCUCAAAUUGCAUCGUGUUCCGCUACACUUGUACUAUAAAGACAGUCUAUCAAUAAACAUCCACUCCCAUGGCAUGCCCGUAAUAGCUUGUUUUCUAAUAGCUUUAAUGUUUACUAAAGUCUCUAUUGUAUAGGAACGAAUAGUUAAAUGCAGAGGCUGCAGGUGUUGAUGUGUUUGCUGCCAGCUGUCGGCAUGCUGCUGACAAGAAUGAGCUAGACACACACACACACACUCAACCACGGCAGGUGUAUUUGUGCAAAGCUACAUUAGAUAAGGGGAAUGUGGGCAAACUAAUCUGAACUCGAUGCUAUAGCAUAAGUAACCUAAAACAUAAACGCAAAGUGAGCGAGUAUAUGAGUUGAAUAAACAUAAAGCAAAUGCAAUGUAGCUAAUCGGGGGAAGGAAGUAUUAGAGAAUUAAGAAAAAAAGAGAGAUGAAAAAACAGAUGCAAAACGAGGCAAGAAUGAUAAGUAAAGUUAAAACGAAAACAAGAAAAAAUAAUAGGAUAAAACAAAUCGCUUCGAUGUGAUUGAAAAGCAUGGAAAACAAAAGAAUGGUCAAACCCAAAAGUAAAUGAACAAACCAAACACUACAUAAUCAUACGCCGAAAUGCAAACCGAAACACGUACCAACGGUGUCGUACAUUGACCGCGACACUCGUUGUAGAAGCUCUAAGCGCUAAAGCCCUGUACAUAUUUGCGUUAACGGUGUUACAAAAUCCAUCCAUCCCUCCCCCCUUGCAACCCAUACCACCCCUCCACACCCUCCCCUACAUCCAGCAAGAAAAAAACGGCCGAGUGAGUAAUAAAUUUGAAAACAGCAAACAUUGAGCAAAACAGUCAAUCUGUGUGUCACAGCGUGUGUAGAGGUGUUUGUCUGUGUGUAAGCAUAACGGAACUGUUCCAAUAAAUCUGAUGAUCUGAAGAAAUGUAAAA